AUGGCGCGGCCCCGGAGAGCCCGGGAGCCGCUGCUCGUGGCGCUGCUGCCGCUGGCGUGGCUGGCGCAGGCGGGCCUGGCGCGCGCCGCGGGCUCUGUGCGCCUGGCGGGCGGCCUGACGCUGGGCGGCCUGUUCCCGGUGCACGCGCGGGGCGCGGCGGGCAGGGCGUGCGGGCCGCUGAAGAAGGAGCAGGGCGUGCACCGGCUGGAGGCCAUGCUGUACGCGCUGGACCGCGUUAACGCCGACCCCGAGCUGCUGCCCGGCGUGCGCCUGGGCGCGCGGCUGCUGGACACCUGCUCGCGGGACACCUACGCGCUGGAGCAGGCGCUGAGCUUCGUGCAGGCGCUGAUCCGCGGCCGCGGCGACGGCGACGAGGUGGGCGUGCGCUGCCCAGGAGGCGUCCCUCCGCUGCGCACCGCGCCCCCCGAGCGCGUCGUGGCCGUCGUGGGCGCCUCGGCCAGCUCCGUCUCCAUCAUGGUCGCCAACGUGCUGCGCCUGUUUGCGAUACCCCAGAUCAGCUAUGCCUCCACAGCCCCGGAGCUCAGCGACUCCACGCGCUAUGACUUCUUCUCCCGGGUGGUGCCACCCGACUCCUACCAGGCGCAGGCCAUGGUGGACAUCGUGAGGGCACUGGGAUGGAACUAUGUGUCCACGCUGGCUUCCGAGGGCAACUAUGGUGAAAGUGGGGUCGAGGCCUUCGUUCAGAUCUCCCGAGAGGCUGGGGGGGUCUGUAUUGCCCAGUCUAUCAAGAUUCCCAGGGAACCAAAGCCAGGAGAGUUCAGCAAGGUGAUCAGGAGACUCAUGGAGACGCCCAACGCCCGGGGCAUCAUCAUCUUUGCCAAUGAGGAUGACAUCAGGCGGGUCCUGGAGGCAGCUCGCCAGGCCAACCUGACCGGCCACUUCCUGUGGGUCGGCUCAGACAGCUGGGGAGCCAAGACCUCACCCAUCUUGAGCCUGGAGGACGUGGCCGUCGGGGCCAUCACCAUCCUGCCCAAAAGGGCCUCCAUCGACGGAUUUGACCAGUACUUCAUGACUCGAUCCCUGGAGAACAACCGCAGGAACAUCUGGUUCGCCGAGUUCUGGGAAGAGAAUUUUAACUGCAAACUGACCAGCUCAGGUACCCAGUCAGACGAUUCCACCCGCAAAUGCACAGGCGAGGAACGCAUCGGCCGGGACUCCACCUAUGAGCAGGAGGGCAAGGUGCAGUUUGUGAUUGAUGCGGUGUACGCCAUUGCCCACGCCCUCCACAGCAUGCACCAGGCACUCUGCCCUGGGCACACAGGCCUGUGCCCGGCGAUGGAACCCACCGAUGGGCGGACGCUUCUGCAGUACAUUCGAGCUGUCCGCUUCAAUGGCAGUGCAGGAACCCCUGUGAUGUUCAACGAGAACGGAGAUGCGCCCGGGCGGUACGACAUCUUCCAGUACCAGGCGACCAAUGGCAGUGCCAGCAGUGGCGGGUACCAGGCAGUGGGCCAGUGGGCAGAGAUCCUCAGACUGGAUGUGGAGGCCCUGCAGUGGUCUGGCGACCCCCACGAGGUGCCCUCGUCUCUGUGCAGCCUGCCCUGCGGGCCGGGGGAGCGGAAGAAGAUGGUGAAGGGCGUCCCCUGCUGUUGGCACUGCGAGGCCUGUGACGGGUACCGCUUCCAGGUGGACGAGUUCACAUGCGAGGCCUGUCCUGGGGACAUGAGGCCCACGCCCAACCACACGGGCUGCCGCCCCACACCUGUGGUGCGCCUGAGCUGGUCCUCCCCCUGGGCAGCCCCGCCGCUCCUCCUGGCCGUGCUGGGCAUCAUGGCCACUACCACGGUGGUGGCCACCUUCGUGCGGCACAACAACACGCCCAUCGUCCGGGCCUCGGGCCGAGAGCUCAGCUACGUCCUCCUCACAGGCAUCUUCCUCAUCUACGCCAUCACCUUCCUCAUGGUGGCUGAGCCUGGGGCCGCGGUCUGUGCCGCCCGCAGGCUCUUCCUGGGCCUGGGCACGACCCUCAGCUACUCUGCCCUGCUCACCAAGACCAACCGUAUCUACCGCAUCUUUGAGCAGGGCAAGCGCUCGGUCACACCCCCUCCCUUCAUCAGCCCCACCUCGCAGCUGGUCAUCACCUUCAGCCUCACCUCCCUGCAGGUGGUGGGGGCGAUAGCAUGGCUGGGGGCCCGGCCCCCACACAGCGUGAUUGACUAUGAGGAACAGCGGACGGUGGACCCCGAGCAGGCCAGAGGGGUGCUCAAGUGCGACAUGUCGGAUCUGUCUCUCAUCGGCUGCCUGGGCUACAGCCUCCUGCUCAUGGUCACGUGCACAGUGUAUGCCAUCAAGGCCCGUGGCGUGCCCGAGACCUUCAACGAGGCCAAGCCCAUCGGCUUCACCAUGUACACCACCUGCAUCAUCUGGCUGGCAUUCGUGCCCAUCUUCUUUGGCACUGCCCAGUCAGCUGAAAAGAUCUACAUCCAGACAACCACGCUAACCGUGUCCUUGAGCCUGAGUGCCUCGGUGUCCCUCGGCAUGCUCUACGUACCCAAAACCUACGUCAUCCUGUUCCAUCCAGAGCAGAAUGUGCAGAAGCGAAAGCGGAGCCUCAAGGCCACCUCCACGGUGGCAGCCCCACCCAAGGGCGAGGAUGCAGAGGACCACAAGUAG